CGUGCAGUGUUUCACUCACGUGGUAAGACGAUGCUAUCACGUGGAAGUCAAGCCUUCAUUUGACCUGCUGGCAUUAGAAACAGUCGAUGGUCCAUGCAUUAUUGAAAACUAGUUUCAAAUAUCAUCUACACUGUUGUAAAGCAGGAAAACGCCGCGGGAGCAUGUCGUCGGUGUGUGUGUCGUCGGUGGCCACGUAUGUCGUCGUCAUUGACAUUCUUUUGCUGCACUUACAUGCAGCUCGCCUGGUUACCACCACGACGGACGGAAGGGCAAAGUUUGUUCUCGGCAACGAUUACGGCGUCCCCGUCGGCGGCCACACAUCCUUGACCUUCCAAGUGAAGUCUUGUGGCAACGUGUACGUCCUGUUGACGGAGAGAAUCAAGGUGGCGUCCAGGAAAGGGAACUAUUACUUCAUAUCGCUCGGUGUCACCGACUCGCACCGAAUCUCCGGCAUCAUCGAGGGUUGUUAUUCCUGCAAUACGUUCCACAACUACAAGCUUAAGACGGUGUUGAACUGCACACAGUACAACACGUUCUGGGUGGCGUGGGAUGGACAGGGGUCAGUCAGCAUUGGGAUGAAGGGGGACCAGAGAACAAAACCCCUGCUGCAGUUUAAGGGAAAGAAAAAGUAUCCGAUCAACUUUUUCCAGGUCACAUCCUACAACUUUACUGCCGAGUUCAAGUUCCAUCUUCCCUGCGGUGGAGGCACGUAUGGCGACAACUGCACCUCGGUGUGUGGUCACUGCAGAUUCGGGCUAUCAUGUGACCCGGACAGUGGAGAAUGCCCGCACGGAUGCCAAACUGGCUGGGCCGGUCCACUCUGUGUCAAGGAGUGCAGUAACAACACAUACGGAGCGGAGUGUACUCCCUGUGGACGAUGUCGUGAAAGGUGUGACGUGGACACGGGACGCUGCCCCCAGAGUAUAUGCCAGUCUGGCUGGGUCGGCGACAGGUGUGACAGAGAGUGCGUUCAAGGAACCUACGGCCCGUACUGUACACCCUGUGGUCAGUGCCGGAAAGGGGACACCUGCAACGUCGGGACUGGACACUGUCCAAACAGGUGCGAGGAAAGGUGGACAGGAGAAAGGUGUGAUAUAGAAUGUCCCCCCAACACUUACGGGGAGAACUGCACGAGGUGCGGCCACUGCAUGGGUGUGGAGGAUUGUGACCCAGAAACCGGACAGUGCCCAUCGGGAUGUGACCCGGGCUGGUCAGGUCCCAUGUGCAACACAGAAUGCAAGUCACUAACUUAUGGUCCCAACUGUGACUCCAAGUGUGGCCAAUGUCUUGCCGCAGGCCAAUGCGACAAAGUGACUGGUGACUGCCCUUCCGGGUGUAAUGUCGGGUGGCUGGGAUCGAGAUGCAAUUUGAGGUGCCCUGGCCUGACGUACGGACAGGACUGCCAGUACAGGUGCGGGCACUGCGCCAAAGGAUCCAAGUGUCACCCCGCCUCUGGCGCAUGUGCAGACGGUUGCGAAGACGGCUGGCUGGGUCAUGACUGUAUUCGGCCCGAUGUGCCCAACCAAAUAAGAAUUUCGACAGAAAAUACUCCUGCUGAGGUGGAUGACCAGUAUGUCCCGGGGUCACUCCGAGUCGACACAAUUGCCGCAAUAAUCCUCGGAAUAUGCAUCGCCUUGUUGAUGGGAGUUAUUUUCACGCUGUUGUGGAGACGUGCCGUGACUCGCCAUGAAAGCAAAUAUCGAGCCAACUACAACAACCGCUGCGACUCCAAGCCUGUUCAGCUCGACAUUCCAGCUAGCCACGAUGAAUCGACAUCGAGCGCUUUCACUAACGCUGGAUACCUCAAUAUUUCAGACACCACUCCUCAAAUGUAAUGAUGACGAUUAAUUGUUUGGACUGUGUACAGCUGUUUCAGUGGUGUAGGUGACGCCGUCUAUAUGAAAACGACACAAACAUUUCCAUCAUCAUAAGAAAUCUCCACUAAAAGUCCAUUGUACGAUUCCGACUGUCUCAUAAGCAUAUGUGUAAUAAAUCACUAUCAAAUAGGGAUGAUACCAGUGCACAGGUGAGUUAUGUAGGUGAUGCAGAGAUCGUGGGUUCGAUUCCCGGAUUCGCCCUGAUCAUGAUAACUGGUUUGCCAGCACCAUACCUAUGCUCGUGUGUUUCACCAUUGUGAUAAUCGUCUGAGACCUGCAUCACGUCGGGCUUUCCUCCGACAUUAAGCGGGGCGGACGGGUAGCCUAGUCCGGCUUAAAGC